UUUGAUCCGUCUUCUUUAUCUCUAGGCGAGUCCUGUCAAAGUAAAACAUUAGGUUUAGGUUGGUUCGCGAAUACAGACGAGUUACACUAUACAACUAAACUAAGUAUAACUGGAAGUCAUGUUACUAAGCGCAUUAUGUUAUCCGCAAUAUCACAAAUUUACGAUCCGUUGGGAUUAUUAUCACCUAUUAUUAUACUCGCAAAAAUAUUGCUACAGAAAUUAUGGACGUAUAAACUGGGAUGGGACGAUCCGGUCCCUCAUGAUAUUUUAAUUAAUUGGAAAAGAAUUGUUGACAGUCUCGACUAUUUGAGUGAAUUACGUAUACCACGUCAGGUUAUAAAUAGCAAAAUGCAAUAUAUAGAAUUGCAUAUUUUCACUGACGCCUCUCAAAAUGCCUACGGCGCGUGUGCGUACGUGCGUAUGUACUCGGAUGAUAAUAAUACCAAAGUGUCCGUAGGUUUGUUAUGCGCUAAGUCGAAGGUCGCUCCGGUCAAACCUGUAACUAUACCGCGUUUGGAAUUAUGUGGGGCAUUAUUAGGUGCAAAGUUGUACACAAAAAUCAUAAAGUCACUUCGUUUGAAUUUUACCAAUGUUUAUUUCUGGACUGAUUCGACUAUUGUGUUAGGAUGGCUAAGAAUGUCACCUAACACUCUUAAAACGUUUGUGCAAAACAGGGUAGUUCAAAUUAACGAACUCACUGGUAGUUUAAAGUGGCUACAUGUAGGAAGCAAAUCCAACCCAGCUGACUUAGUGUCACGCGGGGUCACGCUGGAUGCGUUACGCACUACUGAUAUUUGGUGGCACGGUCCGCCAUUUUUGCACGAACGUCUUUGCAAUUUUAGUUAUGAUCAUAGUUGUAAUAAUGUUAAUUUUAAUGAGUUGCCAGAUAUUAAAUCAACUACCACUCUGUUGGUACAUCAAACUAAUCAAAAUACGUUUCCUUUUGACAGAUUCUCAUCGUUUAUUCGUAUGAAGCGUAUAGUUUCUUACAUGUUACGUUUUAUUCAUAACGCUCGCAAUAAAUUAAAAUGUAAUCGUAAAUACGGCCCUCUCCAAGUAGACGAGUUAAAUAACUCAGUUAUUAAGUUGACUCAAAUGUCACAAAAACAAUCGUUUUCGGAUCUCGAUAUUAUGUUAUCAAAAGGGCAAUUACGCUCAAAGAUUAAUCGUAAUAUUUCUAGUCUCAAUCUUUUUUUGGAUAAUAAUAAAAUUAUUAGAGUUGGAGGUAGGUUGAGUAAUUCUGCAAGUUUUUUAUAUGAUAAAAAACAUCCCAUCCUUCUAUGCAGUAAACAUACCUUCACCCGCUUGUUAUUUGAAUAUGAACAUAAGCGCCUGCUUCACGCUGGUCCUCAAUUAUUGUUGGCUAGUUUACGAGAAAAUUGGUGGCCGCUCAGAGGUCGUGACCUGGCUAGAAAUAUUGUGCAUAAGUGUGUGACAUGUACACGAAUUGCGGGUAAAACUGUUCCAGUACAAAUGGGUAACUUACCUUCAGAACGGCUAGAACCAGGUUAUCCUUUUAUGAUAUGCGGCGUAGACUAUGCAGGACCUAUGUUUAUUUUGAACCGUAAAGGGAGGGGCGCUAAAUUAGAAAAAUGUUAUAUCUGCCUAUUUGUGUGUUUCUCAACGCGUGCUGUUCACUUGGAGUUAGUGACUAGUUUAACAACAGAGGCUUAUAUGUUAGCUUUGAAAAGGUUUAUUUCUAGAAGGGGUAAACCAUCUGAAAUAUUUUCUGAUAAUGGUAAGAAUUUUAUUGGGGCUAUGAAGGAAUUUACACAAUUUUUAAAGAAUAAUCAUAAUAAUAUUACUGAGAUUUUAGCUAAUGAUAACAUAAAGUUUAACUUCAUACCACCCUAUACACCACAUUUUGGAGGAUUAUGGGAGGCAGGAGUGAAGUCCUGCAAAUACCAUAUCCGCCGCGUCAUUGGUAACGCGAACUUAACUUAUGAAGAGUUUAGCACGAUCUUGGCUCAAAUCGAGGCCGUCCUAAACUCUCGACCUAUGCAUCCACUGUCCGCAGAUCCAACUGACCUUCUUCCUCUCAGCCCUUCUCUGUUUCUGAUUGGCCGACCGCUGACUGCACCUGCCACUCCAGACCUGACGGCUACAGCUUCACAUCGCCUGUCCCGCUAUGACCGCGUGGAGCAAAUGCGACAACAUUUCUGGCGGAGGUGGUCCACGGAAUACAUAUCGGAGCUGCAGACCCGAACAAAAUGGAAGACAAGGAGAGAAGAAUUGGCACCUAAUACACUCGUACUUAUCAAAGAAGACAAUCUUCCGCCUCUAAAGUGGCGCUUGGGAAGAAUUCUUCAUACCUUUCCAGGAAAAGAUGGCGUGUCCAGAGUCGCUGACAUCAAAACGGCGACCGGAACGGUGCGAAGAGCAUUCACAAAAAUCUGUCCUCUGCUGCCACAAGAAAAUGAUACUUCGUUGGAAGCAGGAGCUUCCAAGGUCGGGGGCAUAUGUUAACGCCAUCUACCAGAUUUAAGUAAAACUCACGGAGACGUAUACGCCACCUGCGUAAAGCCAUCGAGCGACACUAGGCGGCGCUAGCGGCACCCGCCGGCGCGCGAGCCGCGCGCCCCUCACACAUCUUAUUCUUCGGUGCGACGUAGCAAGAUGGUAGUCGGUUCACCAUCAACAUAUCUAAAAUAUCUUAUAAUUUUGUACUUAACUUUUAAGUGUUUUUCUAAAUAUAAUAAUUUCGACUUAAACUAAA